AUGUGUAACAAUACGUACGCUUUGCUCGAGGUGGCAACGCCUUGGGGUCUCGGCCCCGAGCCACGUUGGGAUCUAGAUAUAAAGAACUGUCUCAACAGUACGGAUAAUACAUAUAGUGAUACCAGUCUCAAAGACGUAACAUUUCCACCCAGUUUCAAUUUAGCUAAUGUGCGAGAAGAAGAAUCUGAUGAUAACUCAAGUCAUGUAGGCUCAAUUAAUGAAUCAAGUGAUUCCUCUUACAUGCCUGAGUCAGAUAUUUCUAAUGAUAGUGAGACAGAAAACAUAGAAAAUUCAGAAACUUCUAUAAAUGACAAAAAUCACACUUUACCUAGAACAUCAGAAAAUACAUCUUUGGAAACGUCAACUUCUUUUAAAAAUAGCGCACCAGAUGACACGUAUAUGUAUGUAAAACCUGUAGAAUCUGGAAGUAAGAAGGAUUUUUGCAUUUAUUGUCACACAGAACAAUCAAAACUAAGUCGUCAUCUCAACAGAAAACAUAGAGACAUCAAAGAAGUAAAAGACAUUUUGUGUAUUCCAAAGGGACGGCCAGAGCGUAGAGUUUUGAUUAAUAAAAUUCGUAAAAAUGGGCAAUACCUUUUUAAUACUAAUGAAAGUACUAAUACGGGUGAAUUGAAAGUCAUGAGGCGUCCUAAGGCUAUAUAUAACAAAGAUGCUACAGAUUUUGCUAUAUGUCCCGUUUGCAAGGGUAAUUAUUCGAAAUCAGCUAUUCGACAUCAUCAUAGAAGAUGCAGUAAAAAAAAUUCUACAAAGAAAAGAUCUAUAUUAGUGAAAUCAAGAAAAGUUACAGGCCGAAUUCACGAAUGUGCAAGUAAAGUUCUUCGAGAACGUGUUUUUCCCACAAUGAAAGAUGACAAUGUUUCGAGAGUUAUAAGAUAUGACGAAUUGGUUAUUGAUUUUGGUAACAAAUUAUGUGAAAAAUAUCACGAUCCUCAUUUUUAUGAUAUGAUUCGUCAAAAAUUGCGUCAAAUAGGGCGUCUACUUCUCGAGAUGAAGAAUCAAAAUGAACAGAUUAAUGAUCUCUUUACAAUUUUUACACCCGAUAAUUACGAUGACUGUCUCAAAGCUGUCAGAUCUUUAGCAGGCUUAAAUGAAUCCGGAAAUGGUUUUAAAACUCCAUCAUUGGCAACGUCUUUAGGCACUUUGUUAAAACAACUCUGUAAACGAUGCAUCACAGUAAUGAUAAAAAAACGUGAUAAAGAAAAACGAAAACUUGCAGAAGAGUUUCUAAGCCUAAUAACUGAAGAUUAUUCGUCUUCUAUAGCUCGAACAGCUGUUGAAACCCAGCAUCAGAAACGAAGACAGUCAAAAAAAUUACUACCAACGCAAGAUGAUAUUAAAAAGUUAGAGAUGCAUUUAAGAGAUAGACUAAAAACUGCCUAUGAUUUAUUUAAAAAAAAAUUUUCUUUUUACGCUUGGGAAUCAUUGGCGGAAAGUAGUUUGGUGUCCAUUCAAUUAUUUAAUCGUCGUAGACCAGGAGAAAUUGAACGUGCUUUAAUUGAAGAUUUCCACAACUAUCAAAAAGUAAAUGAAAGUACAAUUGGUACAUCUUAUCAAUCGCUGAGCAAUGAUGAAAAGAAAGCAGCAGCAACGUAUGUCAGAUUUACUAUGAGAGGGAAAUUAGGCCGCACUGUGCCUGUUUUACUUCAUAAGCAAAUGUUGGAAAAUUUAAAAUUACUUCUACGCUAUCGUGAAGUAGCAAAUGUUCACCCAAAAAAUCCAUAUCUUUUUGGGAUUCCUGGUACAUUAAAAGGAGAUUACCGUUACUUAAGGGCUUGUGAUCUUAUGAGAAAGUAUUCAGAGGAAUGUGGAGCAUUGCAUCCAGAUAGAUUGCGUGGAACUAAUUUAAGGAAACAUAUAGCUACAAUGUGUACCAAUUUAAAUCUAAGAGACCAUGAAGUUUCGGACUUGGCUAAUUUUAUGGGUCAUGCUGACAAGAUACACAAAGAGCAUUAUCGACAACCUAUUUUAAGUAGAGAAAUAUUUCAAGUAUCUAAGUUAUUAGAAAUUAUGCAUGGAAAAGACAGCGAUGAAGAUACUGAUGAAAAUGAUGUUGAUAAAAAUAGUUCUUUCAAUAAUAUAGAAUUUGGAGCAUCACAUUCAUCACAAUCAUUAGAUCUUGACGAAUCUAACACAAGUCAACAUACAUUAAAGAAAAAUAUAACUUUAUCAUCUUCUCCCAAAGUAACUUGUAAGAAUAAGAAAAAACGUUCAA